AAUGACAACACUUUUUAUAAAUUUCAGAUGGUGCAAGCCAUGAUUCCAAAGGCAUUGAAACCCAUGAGAUUCUACUUUUCUACUGUGUAUCAAGAAAUAUGGGUUGGUGUAGCAUUAACAGCUUAUGCCUACUACAAGAUUUCCUAUGGGGGCAAAAAAUCAUCAGCAAGCAAGUCCUCUGGUUCUGGCCAUCAUUAAAGCAUCUCUUCUCUUCCUGGAAUAUGAAUUUGGUGGUUCAUCGUUUCUACUGCAAAUGAAGGGAGUUACAACCACAGGGAAAUGAAUACCUGAUCCAUCUGCUGUAAUUGGAAAAAGAAUAAAUCCAUUGAGCAAAAAAUAAUUAAAGAUGUUGGACAAUAUA